UCUUCAUUUUUCCCUCUCUCUCUCUCUCUCUCUCUCUAACCUUUUCAACACUUUGCACUUUCACUAAUUACUACUAUCAUCUUCUUGAUAGUGAUGAUGAUGAUGGACAGGUCUAUGGGUUGUUGAAAAUGAAGUUUAUGUGAAAUAAGCUAUUGGGUAGCUCUGUUUACUCCUACUCUUAACUCUCUGAACUACCAUUCUCUUUGCUCUUACUGUUCCCUUCUUCCUUCUCUACGCCAACCAUGUAGUAGUCCUCUGUUCUCUUUUACUAACAUUCUCUCCUCUUGGCCCUCACAUUAUCUAGAUACAGACUGUUCUCUCAUAUGUUCAAUAAUCUGCUCUUCUUAAACCAUAUUUUUUAAAAAACCCACUAAAUAAAGAACACUGUUUCAAACCCAGAAACCGAACACCAUAGCAUCAAAUGUUAAAGCUUGAUUCUUUUUUCUUCUUUCUUGUUUCUGGUUUAUCCCCUCUAGUUUAGUUACUAAAUAAGAUCAAAGUUUCUUUCUUUUUGACAUAUUUGUUUAAAAUUCUCUCUCUCUCUCUCUCUCUCUAGCUCUUGAAAACUGGGGAAACAGUCUCUGUUUUUGUGGUGUGUGUGUUUUUCUGCCUAUUUCAAGAAUAUAGUAAAAUGGUCACCUCCUCGGUCACUAGCAUUUUCUUUAUUUUCUCUGUCUUCUUCACCACCGCUGUCUCCGGCAGCCACCACCAUCAUCGUCAUCUCCUUCACCAACCUUUUUUUCCUUUAACUAAUGUAGUUCCUCCAAUCCAAGCUCCUUUUCCUUCUCCACAAAUACAACCUAAACCCCAGACGCAACCUAAGUACCCUUUCUCGACUACACCAAACACGCCACAGAAACCUUUCUUUCCUUCUUUUCCUUCUCCCCCUCCUCCUCCUUCUGUUUCAACUCUAGCUACUUUUCCGGCCAACAUUUCCUCUCUUCUUUUCCCUCACACUCCUUCCUCCGGGACUUCCCACCGCCACCUCAUCAUUUCCAUGGCUAUUUCUCUCUCGCUCCUCUUUGCCGCCAUUCUUGCUGCUCUAUCCGCUUUCUUUCUCUACUCUCGCCGCCAUCACCACCACCAUCACCAGUGUACAACUACCUCCGAGAAAACCUCAAGAUCCGACAGUCUACGCCUCUUCCCUCCUAAUACUAUCCCUUCUGACGGCUCUCCCAAGCCACCGAAACUUCCACAUCGGCCCGGCGUGCCAAAUACCAGCUCAGAGUUCCUCUACCUUGGCACAUUAGUAAACUCUCGAAGCGGAGUCGACGAUCAUUAUCAAAAACCUACUCAUUCAAGCAAUGCCGGAGUUAAAAUUGGCGUAUCAUCUUCUCCAUAUCAAAAACUAGGUUCUCCAGAGCUAAAACCACUACCGCCAUUACCAAAACAUAACUAUACACCUAGUUAUAGAAGUGGUGAGGUACUAGUUGGGUCUUACAAAGAAGAUGACACAGAUACGGAGGAGGAAGAAGAGUUCUUUUCGCCAAGAGGGUCAUCUGGGCGAAAAGAGAUUCAAGAUAGUCCAGUACGUGUAGAAUCGAGUUCCAGAAGAGAAUUUCGAGGAGAAAAUAAUUUUGGGUCUAGAAGCUUUAAUUCAAGAACGGCAUCUUAUCCAUAUUCUAAUUCUUGUUCUCCAGCAAACUCCAUACCCAUCAGCAGUCCUUCUCCAGUUUCAAAUUUGAGCCCUAUAAGUUCAAAAUCCAUAUCUCCAGAGGUUAUUAUUACUUUCCCUGCCCCGGUGAAGCGAUCGCCAUUAUCGAUUUCCUUGUCUUCGUCACCAUCUUUUUCUGGAAGAGAUUCAGGCAAUACCCAGAACUCUCCAGAGCGAAAAUCGGGUUUCCUGGAGAGUGUUAGUAAGCAAUUUGUGUCUACAAAACUGCCGCCACCUCCGCCGCCGCCGCCGCCGCCGCCACCACCGCUGUUCUGGGAAAUCCCUGCGGAGGCAAGAGUGGGUGGAGAAGUGAAUUUGGCUAGUUCUGGGCCUCCUGUUCUUGUUACUCCUUCAAGACAUGUUUUGAUUCAAAGUGCAAUGCCAAUUUUAGGUGAUGAGCAAUUGCAAACUAAUGCAAGUGUCGAGAGAAGUGAAGAGAACCUGAAACCAAAAUUGAAGCCUUUACAUUGGGAUAAAGUUAGAGCAAGCUCGGAUCGAGCUAUGGUGUGGGAUCAGAUCAAAUCUAGUUCUUUUCAAUUGAAUGAGGAAAUGAUUGAGACCUUGUUUAUGGUAAACAACUCAAAUUUGAAUGUGAAAGACAACAAUGGACGGAGACAGUCUCUUCCAUUGCAGAACCAGGAGAAUCGUGUGCUUGAUCCAAAAAAGUCUCAAAAUGUUGCAAUAUUGUUGAGGGCUCUCAAUGUAACCAUUGAUGAAGUAUGUGAGGGUCUUUUGGAAGGCAAUUCAGAUACAUUGGGGACAGAGCUUCUGGAGAGUUUAUUAAAGAUGGCUCCAACUAAAGAAGAAGAACGCAAGCUAAAGGAAUUCAAGGACGAGUCUCCAUUUAAGCUAGGCCCUGCAGAGAAGUUUCUCAAGGAAGUUCUUGAUAUUCCUUUUGCAUUUAAGAGGGUCGAUGCAAUGCUUUAUAUUGCUAAUUUUGAUUCAGAAGUUGAAUACCUCAAAAGGUCUUUUGAAACUCUAGAGGCAGCUUGUGAAGAAUUGAGAAACAGCAAAAUGUUCUUGAAGCUCCUAGAAGCAGUGCUAAAGACUGGGAACCGCAUGAAUGUUGGCACCAAUCGUGGCGAUGCCCAAGCCUUCAAGCUUGACACACUCCUGAAGCUGGUUGAUGUCAAGGGAACUGACGGGAGGACUACUCUUCUACAUUUUGUUGUACAGGAAAUCAUCAGAUCUGAAGGUUCUCGUCUUUCCACUACAAAUAGGAAUCAGACAGCUGAGAAAACUCAACAAUCCACCUUCCACGAUGAUGUUGAAUUUAGGAAGUUGGGCCUGCAAGUUGUUUCUGGUUUGAGUGGAGAGCUCACCAAUGUAAAGAAAGCUGCAGCAAUGGAUUCAGAUGUGCUUAGCAGUGAAGUUGCAAAACUUGCCAUGGGAAUUUCGAAAGUUAGGGAAGUUGUAAAAUUAAAUGAAGAAAUUGCAUUGAAAGAAAGUAGCAGGAAGUUCUCAGAAUCAAUGAAUGGAUUCUUAACAAAGGCCGAUGGAGAAAUUGUAAAGGUUGAAGCACAAGAGAAACUUGCUCUUUCUUUGGUUAAGGAAAUAACAGAGUACUUCCAUGGGAACUCAGCGAAGGAAGAAGCUCACCCAUUCCGGAUAUUCAUGGUGGUAAGGGAUUUCCUUUCCAUUCUUGAUCAGGUAUGCAAAGAAGUUGGGAAAAUCAAUGAGAGAACUAUAUACAGUUCAGUCCGCCCUAUGCCGAUGAAUCAAAACAUUCCACCGGUUUUUCCUGGACUCAAUGUAAGGCAGCAUUAUGGUUCGUCGGACGAUGAAGGUCCGAUGUCUUAGUACCCAUGUCUAUCUAAGGUGACAGCAAUUCUCAGUAGGGUGAUCUACCAGAAAAAAUGUGGCACAUUCAGAAGAGGAUCUGAACUUAGCUUCUUAACAUGGAAUUAUGGAGUCCUUUUGAGUAGUUUUUUUUUUUUUUAUAAAUAAUUUUGUAUCUAGAUUAAAUAUUUUUGCUGUCCAGAUUUUGGAUUUGUUUAUUUUGUGUAAUAUACCAACGGAAUUACUUGAGGACAUAAUACAAAUCUUAAUGCGCGGAAUAGUUGAAUCUAUCUUGUAAAUCUGUUAGAAGCUAUCUGAAUUCUGAAAUUUUCUCCGUGUAAA